CUCUCUCCCCCCUGUGGCACCCGGCCUCAGAGGCCCACUCCCUCAGCCACUCUCCCUGUGGCUCCCCCCGGUGGGCCAACUUCCUCAGCCACUUGUGAAACUCGGCAGGCCCUUACCUUAGAUCUUCACGGAGGCAGCGAAACUGAGGUUGACGGCAUGCAUCCACGAAGUGAUUACCAGUGCAAAUGAUCUGAAGAAUAUCGCCGAAGGGGAAGUGUACGUGAGCUUCAGAACACAGGAGGGCGAGGUAGACGGAAGGGCUUACUGAGAGACUCUCGAGGAAGGAGUUUUGAAGGCGAACAUUAAGGCGAGGCAGAAAGUUAAGCUGAAAAUUAAGAAGCGAGUUGCAGAGUCUGGGGUUGUCAGGAGAACUGCGAGCUGGCAGCAUGACACGAGGCCUCCUGCUGGUCUGUCACUCUCACCACGUACGUAGGACUUUAAGCGAGUCUACGUUCGAGCUCCAAAUAUACUGAGCUUUAGUGUAUCGGCUUGUUGGUUAAGCUUGUGUGAGAUAAGAAACAUAUACGUCCAGAGAUACGUGAACAGUGAGAGUAACGCAGCAGAGGACUUAAGUGGUAGUUGCAGGAGUUGGCAGCCCAGUAAGAGGUGGUGUGGGGAAGUGUGUCCUGAGCAGGUGGGAGAAGCGGCCAGCCUCGAGGGAGAGCCACACUGGUGCAGGCGCUGGUGCGCGGGAGGUUUAAAGGGAGCAGCUUAGUGGGGUUUGUUGUGACAGUGGAGUCAUAUCCGUGCAUUGAUUAUUUUGGUGCGUGCAAGGAAACAAGGCUGGUGACAGUGGCGGGCGCGACUUGUGUUCCCAAGCAGGACGAGUGCGUGCGCUGUGUCGCUGCAGCCAGGCAACCAAAUAUUCAAAGGGAACACAGCAUCAUUGCUUACCUGUACGUUGUGAAGAGCGCCGUCAGUGCGGGAAGCGGUCCCUACAGCCACCCGCAAAGUGUGGCCACGUCUCCUUAUUCGGGCCACGCCCCCCGGAGCUUGGGCGACGAAGCCUCUUGACGAGACCGGCAAGCAGACCCAGCAGUAGGAUGGCUGAGCUGCUGAGUGUGCAGGUGCCUAGCCGGCGGGGGCUGGGAGGCUAUGCGGAGUUCCACAAGAACGCGGAGGCCCUGGGCGCGCCCAUGGUGGGGUCCCCGGCCUCCCGCCAGCCCUACCUCAACGCCGCCCUCAACCACGCCAGAAUCAGCAACGACUUGAGGAAGAAGGUGGUGAACGGGACUGGUGCGGGAGUGAUCAUGUCGCACCUGCCCAAGAGACCACCUGUGCACAUAGAGUUCAGUGACCUCUCUUACUCGGUGUCGGAGGGCAGACAUAGAGGUUACAAGACCAUUCUGAAGGGUGUAAGUGGGAAGUUCAAAUCUGGUCGGCUGACGGCUAUCAUGGGUCCUUCUGGUGCGGGAAAGUCCACUCUUAUGAAUAUUACUGCUGGAUACAGGAUUAGUAAUGUUGUUGGGACAAUCACUGUUAAUGGCAGAGAACGAAAUCUGCGAAAGUUCCGCAAGAUGUCUUGUUACAUAAUGCAAGAUGAUCACCUCCAUCCACAUCUCACUGUAAUGGAGUCGAUGAAUGUUUCUGCCAACCUUAAACUGGGUGACAGAAUGAAAAGACAGCAAAAGGAAGAAGUGAUCAAUGAAAUACUGGAAACCCUGAGCUUAACAGAAUGCAGAGAUACAAGAGCAAUUAAUCUUUCCGGUGGCCAGCGCAAAAGGCUGUCCAUUGCCCUGGAACUUGUUAACAACCCACCUGUUAUGUUUUUUGAUGAGCCAACGAGUGGACUGGACAGUAGUAGCAGUUUUCAGUGUAUCAACUUGUUGAAGACUUUAGCCCAAGGGGGCCGCACGAUCAUUUGCACCAUCCAUCAACCAUCAGCUAAGCUGUUCGAGAAGUUCGACUAUCUCUAUGCAUUGGCAGAAGGACAGUGCAUCUACCGUGGAGCCAUCCACGGGCUUAUUCCAUUCCUAUCGGCAAUGGGUCUAGAGUGCCCCUCCUAUCACAACCCUGCAGAUUUUUUGAUGGAGGUUGCAAGUGGAGAAUAUGGAGAAUUUACCUACAAACUAACUACAGCCGUGAGAUGUGGAAAGUGUGACAACCUCGGCCCAGACAACCAUCUUGCAGUGAGGACCAAGCAGCAUAUUAUUGGAGCCCGGGAUGAUGACGAGCAUAGGGAGUCUGGUGGGGGUGGCAACCCACUGAUUCAAACAAAAGGUGAUGCACUAGUGAACAUACCCCCAAAUCAGCAUUCUCUACUUGCCUCGGAAGACGAGAGUAUUGACGAUAUUCCAAAUUCUUUUCCAACAUCUGGCUGGAAGCAGUUUGUCAUACUAUUCAAGCGAACAUUCCUUUCAAUAAUAAGAGAUGGAAUGCUGACAAAGAUGCGCAUCUGCUCUCACACGCUGAUUGGUUUGCUAAUAGGUCUACUCUACUAUAAUAUUGGAAAUGAAGCGAGCAAAGUGUUCAACAACUCCGGGUGUUUGUUCUUCUGCAUGUUAUUUCUCAUGUUUACUGCUAUGAUGCCCACUAUUCUUACAUUCCCUCUAGAGAUGAAUGUGUUCAUCAGAGAACAUCUCAACUACUGGUACUCACUAAAGUCAUACUACUUAGCAAAAACCAUGGCUGACAUGCCUUUCCAGGUAAUAUAUCCACUGCUUUAUGUUCUUCUGGUGUAUUUCCUAACGGAUCAGCCACUGGAAGCUCAUAGAUUCUUCAUGUUUACGACAAUGUGCAUCAUGACAUCGCUUGUGGCGCAGAGUCUUGGCUUGGCUAUAGGUGCCUGCAUGAACAUACAGGGUGCCGUUUUCCUUGGUCCCAUCACGUCUAUACCAGUCCUGCUGUUCUCUGGCUUCUUUGUGAACUUCUCAACCAUUCCAAUAUACCUAAGAUGGGUAACCUACAUCUCCUACGUGAGGUAUGGAUUUGAAGGAACGUUACUCAGCAUAUACGGGUUCGACAGAAAGCCUUUGCACUGCUCAGAGGCAUACUGCCACUACAAAUCGCCAAAAAAAUUCCUUGAAGAAAUGGACAUAGCAGGGGCAGAGUUCUGGGUAGAUUUUGUAGUCCUUUUUGCAUUUUUCAUCUUCUUGCGAACAGUAGGCUACUUUGUUCUGCGGUGGAAACUAAAGGCAGAACGUUAAGUUUUGACAAUAUAAUGGUCCCCCAAGUUUAGUUGGUGAAUGUUUGGAAUGUUAAAUACUGAACGUCAGUGUGAGCUGCUUGAAAUGGACAAAUACUAGAAAACUUGAGUGGCCACUUUGGUGCCUGGUGUGAUAAAAAAAAAAAGGGGUUAGUGAACCACAAAUGGAAAGUGUAGUCUUUCAUUGUGCAUUGUACGUGUUUUACGGUAUGUGAAAUUCUUCUGGAAAGUGUAUACAUUGGAUGCAGCUAUUUUUUCAUAGUCUUCUCCUGUAGGCAUUUCCCUGGACUCGAAUAGCUUACAGGCAGAAGAUUCUUGAUCAUGAUUACAUUAACAAGGUUGUAGUCUUCCAGGUGAAGGUUAUAGCAUGAUGGUAGCAUUAUGAACUGCUGCAUAGAGCUGCUAAUGUCCCAGUUCUUAGAGUUGAAACAGUGCCAGGGAAAUAUACUUUCAAUGAUGCCAGUCAUUAAAAGUAUAUUUUAAAGUUUAAAUUUUUAAAGGAAAAGUACACUUGAGCUCCAUUUUAUGUUGAUCCUCAGGGUGAAGGUGGUUUAUUGUGGAGGAAAAGUGUUCUAAUUAUAGAAAGUGACGACGUUACCUUGGAUCGGCUGAAUUCUUCAUUGAGAAGGCUUUCCACAAGAGGUACUCGACUACUGCCGACAUGCAUUUCGUAGCUUCCUUUGUGCGUGAAUUGGCACCGUUUUAUAAUUUUAACGGUUGCAGUAUUUGUUAUAAAAAUUGUUUUAAAUCUUGACACAUGUUCCUUGGCUCUGUUCAAAAAUGUGAUGCAGCAAGGCAAGUACUCUUAAAGAGUUGGGCAUACUUAUAACAUCGGUUUAUUUUAUUUUGGUCAUAGUUCUUGACAAACCUGCAAGAAUCUUUGGGCCGGAUGUGGAAUAGACGAGGGUUGUGCCAUGUAGUUAUUCCUGGAUUACUGUGACAACUUGUGGAGUAGUUUUACUUUAUCUCCAAAGUAAAAUUGUAAGCCUUGCACAUCACUUUGUACAUUAAAGAAAUUUAGUUUUUAGUAGGGUGAAUGUUGGAGGCAUGUAUAUAAUUAUCAUAAUGAAGUUUAGCUUCAAAACACGCAAAUUCCCAGCAAAUUUUGGUUAAUUUUUAACUACAGUUCAGUUAAUUAAAAAUUAAAAUGUUAAGAUACUGAAUUUGGAUUGCCGUGACUCCUAAAUCUGGAAGGCACUAAUGUAAAUAAGCUUGUCUGUUGCCCUGUUAACAUUACCCUUUCCAGGGUAAUGUGUCAAUCAUUUAUGGUUCCUUGACCAAUAUCAUAAAUUCAGCUGCUAGUCUGUUUGCUGGGUAUUUGAUUAAACUUGCCAAUUUCCACAACUCGCCUUCUCAUUCUUUGACUUCCAUGAAAUCAAAUGACUGGGAUAUACUUAUGUACAGUGAGAUUGUAUUGGUUUUUAAUAAGUAUAUUUCAUAAGGACUGUAUCCUUUGUAUACUAGUGUAUAGAGGAUGAAUGGCAUUGUAACUGUGAUUUAAUUCUUAUAAAGAUUUUUUUUGGUAGGCAAACAGUUUAUUGAACUCCCAGGGGUCAUAUAAACUUGUACAGUAAUUAACACUUGUUUGUUGUGCCCUAAUCACCAAGAUUUAAAACAUAAGAUUUCAGAGUUAUUUGACAAAAUUCUUUUGCCUAGGACUUUCAUGCAAACUAAUAGGUUUGUUUUUGCAAACAAAUUGGCAAACGUUUGCCAAUUUGGUUUUAAUUUGCCAUAUAACUUGUUUGGCUUAACAUGCAGGAAUAACGCUCAGAUCACUAUUUUGCUUAUACCAUAUAAUGAAAUUUUACACAUUCCACUUUUAGAUUUUGUUGAUGGCUCUAAAUUGUGGCUUUCUAAAAAUUUAAAUUUACAAUAUAGAGUAAAAAAGAAUGUCUAUGAAGUUAAUGUACACUAAGUAUAAUUCCUACAGAUUACUACAUAAACACUGAAAUAAUAAUGAUUGGCUUUGUCAACCUAAGGGCAAUGUCUCUCAAUAUUGUAAUGGUCGUCCAGCUACAUGAAGUGUGGGUGGUUGUUGACUCUAUGCAUUGUGCCUCUUUAGUAUAGUUAAUGAGAAAUCUCAUGCAAACAACACAAUCUCUGGGUCCAUUAUAAUAAUCUGAUGGCUUUAAACAGAUUUAAGCCAAUAAUGCUUUCCUAAGGCUCAUUUUCCUUUUGGACAGAUUCCCCCUAGGAAUACUAAAGUAGCCAUGGCUUGGACAUUUGAUAAUUUGCUAAUAAUAAAUUGAUUUUUGCACCUUUGCACAAUAUAUACCAUGUAAAUAAAUGUGCCUUUUUGAAUUCUCUAUUUAUGGCAAUGUCACUAAGACUGUCACAAAGCAUAGUUUCUAGAUAUUAAGAGUAGAUAUAAAUUUUAGAUCUGGACAAAUUCCUAUUAGUACUUGAUCAUUUUUGUUGUAGAAAAAAUUAUUUAAAAAUCUGUGCGAGAACUAUAGGUUGAAUAACUUUCAACCAUGAAGAAUGACCAGACUGACAAUAUUUUUAAUGUUCUGAAACUUGAGCCUAAAGCUUCAUUAGUAACAGCAGUAGGUUAGAGCAAACAAGAAGUCUUGUGAUGGGGGUGGAUUAUUCUGUUGCAGCAUAAUAUUAGUGAAUUAAUAUACAGAAUGUAAUCCUUUAGCUGCAAUGUGUGCAGCUAUGUUUACAAAAUUACUCAUUCCAAUUGCUUCUCCAAAUCUGAUGUUACAUGUUUAUUAUAAAUUUUAAUGUAGCUUAAACUUCUGAAUAAAGGUUAGGUUUUGAUACAUUGGUCUUAGAAUUUUGUGAAGUUAUUUUGAUGAACCGUGGGACGACAAAUUAAUGUAUCUAGCAUAAUAAUGAAAAGCGAAUCUCCUGUACCAGGAAUAAAUGUCUGAAUUGGGGUAAGAUGUUGAGACUUGUGUAAGAGUUUUGUACAGGUUAAUUUGUAUUCGUAUUUUCAUAAUGUUCAUAAUUAACUGCUCGGUGCUUACCGAGGCCACGUCAUAACUUGCCUGAACAUUGGAUUUGACAAUUGUGGCUGGAUUUAGAAAAUGGGUUAUACAUUAACCAGGUGCGUUGUAAACCCACAAGACACACGUAAGGGAAAGGGGGUGGGGGGAGGUGGUUUGUUUACAGAAAACUUGGAAGCAAAUUUUGUCCAUAAAAAUUUUUGGCUUGUAAUUCAAAUAAUAAGUUAAGGUAUCUUCAGCUUGUAUGCCAAGGUAGAGCUGCAUACAGUAUCUGCUCUCUCAACUUGUAUCCUUUGGAACACUUGAGAAACACUAGAUUUUUUAUGAAUUUUAAUUUCUUGGCUACAUAGAUGGAGCAGUUUUUUGUAAAUAUUGAUCGAAUUUUAACUGUACAGUAUUCGGCAGUAAAAAAAAAAAAAAAAAAUUCCCCAUAUUUUAUUGUUUUGUAUAAUUGGUAUUUUAAUGUCUUUCAUGGACCAAGAAUGAAAGUGUUUACUUUGUUGGGCACAUAAUUUUCUUGUACAUAUACAUUGUCAUGAUCAGCAGCAGUAUUUUUGUUAGCCAUAUCAAAGGUAAAUGUGUACAUUUGGCUGCUUGAUACUUCUGUAUGCAGUGCAUUUACUACAAUUAAUAGAAAUAAAAAUAAAUUCAAA